AAAGAGCAUAUGAACACUACGAACUGGUUUAGACUAUUGACAGUUUCCGCGAUUGUAGGAUCUACGUCUACACUUGGCAUCGUCAUAUUUCCGUUGAGAGUAACCAAUUUUUGAAAUUAAAAAUUUAUAAACGAAAGUUCUUGUGGUUCGAAUUUUUUUUUAUUUCGUUUCGACUUGAUACAACCAAUAAAACAAUUAAAUUGUGUUCAAGCGGUGCUGUUCUGUAAACUGAUCAAAGACAUUAAAACGGAAAGUCAUGGGCAUUUAUGGGAAAAUAAAUAUUUUGUGUGCAAUUUUCAUGAUUUGUAUCAUUUUGAAUGACUGUUUUGUGAGUGGAAAAUCAGUUCCAAUUAAACGACGAGUUUCGCCGGAUGAAAAUGAGGAGCAUAUCGAUAAUUCAGUGGAUAGAAUUAGAUAUGAUGAGUAUCCGCUCGUUGUGCCGAAACGAGCUGCAAUACUACUCGACCGAAUAAUGGUGGCACUUCAUCAUGCUCUGGAAGACGGCGAUCAGAAAGAAAUUCGAAAAAUCAGCGAACUCUAUAAGGACAGCAAUAGAUACACAGGUGGGCGUAUGCAAAAAAUUGGAAAGGAUUUUACAUUGAAAUUUAUACCGACAUCCGAUGAAGACAUACAUAACAUAUCAGACUAUCUACCAGCUGAAAUGGAUUUGACGGAUAUAAAUAAUCAGGAAAAUCGUCUACCUGAUGAUAUGAUGGGACUUCAGCGACGAGGUAACGGUGAAAGUGGAUUGAGUCCAAGCAAAGGUCGUGUGUAUUGGCGAUGCUAUUUCAAUGCUGUUACUUGUUUUUAAAUUUAUUUAUUAAAUAUUUAUGAUGAAUGUAUAGAAUUAUGUUACAUUGCAAAAAAAAAGAUUUAACACAAAAAAUGCCAAAUUAAGAGGUCGUCCAUAUUUUUGAGAAAGAAAAGUCUAUAAAGGAAAAUUGUACUGAGACGAACCGAAUAUAAAAUUUAUUUUGAAAUUAAAAUAUAAAAAGUAAAAGAAAAAAAAAUCGUAAUAUUAUUGUUGUAUG